GACAAAAAAAAAAAAAAAAUUCAAUGUAAGAAACCAUGUGAUGAUCUAAGACUGAGACAACAAACACUGAGGGGAGAGAGAGAGAGAGAGGCGAACACCGACCGGAAGUUCGGCGCUCCGCUGAUUACGGUUGUGGCCCCCACCGUUCCGGCGACUGCAGUUUUACACACAAAAGGACCUCAUGUCUAACAUAGAGGAUAACAAAGAACUAGGACAGAUGGAUGUGGAUGCAUCUGACGAGUCAGUCAACAUGCCAUCAUCCCAGAAGCAGGAGGAAGCUAUAAAGAAAAAAUAUGGAGGAAUUAUUCCCAAAAAGCCACCACUCAUAUCUAAGGACCAUGAGCGCGCUUACUUUGAUUCUGCUGAUUGGGCACUUGGAAAGCAAGGCGGUGAGAAGCCUAAGGGACCACUUGAGGCUCUUCGGCCUAAAUUACAGCCAACACAGCAGCAAACGCGUUACCGGAAAUCUCCUUAUGCUCCUGCCGGAGGAGAAGGGGGAAGUGUUCCAUCGGAGGAUGCACCUUCCAAUGAGUAAGCAGCAAUCAGUCUUUUGAUGAUGUGCUGACUAUUAUUCUGAUACCUGAGUAGGUAUGACUUUUUGUUGUUUUCAACAAUAAAAGAAGUUUAUUGUGUAUUCAUAUUAGCAGAAGACAAAUGAUUUGACAUGCAGCUAUGCUGUAGACACUUACUGUGAUUAUGGUUUUUGUGUUUUACUCUUCUUCCCCUCCCCCUCACUCCCCAAUCUCUCUUUAAUUGAUAGUUGUGAAAAAAAUAAAAUAAGAAAUUAAG